CAGACCAUCAGGUAAAGGUUCCCCGUCCCCUUCCCCUUCUUCCAUCUUUCCCAAAAGCUUUUCUCGUUUUUGUUUCCUUCUGGUCUGCUUCUUUUCCCUCCAUCAAUCAUCGAUCGCCCUGGAACCUUUCACGGCUCUGCCACAACUCAGCCAACCUACCUAACCUAACCCAACCUACUUUUUCCUAUCCUAUCCAACCUUAGUAACUUAAUCUGUCCCCCCUCUCGCCUUGCCUCAGCCGAGUAACGUCGACCAAGCCGAGGCCGAGGAGCCAGCGCCAAACACGCCAACUGCACGACUCGCACCCGCUGCUCUGCUCCCACUUUUUUGCUCAGCACUGCCUCGCCGACGUGCAUAUUGCGCUACCCGGUCGAUACACCCGCCGUUGCGAAUCCAAUCCAGACAGACAAAGACAGAGAAACAGACCACAGAAACACAGCCCGCCCGCGCCCAUUCGUCGUCAUCGCCGUUGUCGUAGUCGUCGUGUGUCCUUUCCGUCCGUCUCAGUGGGCAGCCACAACCGCUCGUGGCAAACCUCGCUCCUCGCCAACAAACACCUCCAACCGGAGCCGCUCAUCGGGGCCCCGUCUCAUCUCCGGCGUCCAGCCCAACCCGGCAUCGCCAAGGAGGCCUCUCUCUCACACCCAACUGCCGCGCCACAACACACCAGCCAUAAGAGAUAACGGGAGCAGCACCGACGGCACUCGACCCUCUCUGCCCACGACCACCAAUCCAAAGUAGGGAUACCGGAACCAAGGACAGCACCAAGACCCCGACAUCACAGCUCGGUUCGCGUUUCGUCUCAUCGCCUGCGCGCUGACCUGAAGCGAUCCCAUCUUUGCUACAGACCAUAGGCACAAGCAUCCUGCCAACACACCACCAAUCCAAACCUUCAUCACUGUCGCCUGCUGCGAGCAUGAACUCCUUCAAUCAUUUCGACAUCAAACGCAAAGCUCAUGGCCUCAGCCGCCGGAGUCAAGAGCAGACUUGGAACCCCUUUCGGCACGUGUCGUGGGAGACGGGUCCCAGCAAGCGCUCCACCUGGGAUGGCGCGAACCUCGAGGCCCAGCGUGAAGGUGCCGCCGAGGACCCAGAGACAGACGAGGCGAUACAUCACGUCCAGAGCGAGCCCGCCCCUAGAGACUCCGAUACCAUACGCAACAGCAUGGGUAAAGAGACGAGGUCGGCCGCGGGGAGCGGGAGCGGCGACACCGCCUUCGACAACAAAUCCGAGGAUGCCGGUGUCUUGAGGAAUCGGAGGGCCGACGCUGCACAGGACGACCAAGUGCCGCCAGAGGAGGAGAUGGAAAAGCCGAAGAAGCAAAAGUCGGGCCUCAUUAGGCACGUGAAACCGAAAACGCCCUUCACUGUCGCCAACCAGCUCCAAAGGACACUCCUCAGCUCGUACAUCAACAUUCUGAUACUGGCAGCCCCUGUCGGAAUCGCCAUUAGCUACGUCGGUUCCAUCAACAAGAUUGCCGUCUUUGUCGUCAACUUCAUCGCCAUCAUCCCCCUGGCCGCCAUGCUGGGUUUCGCUACCGAGGAAAUCGCAUUGAGGACGGGUGAGACCUUGGGAGGUCUCCUCAACGCGACCUUUGGAAAUGCCGUCGAACUCAUCGUCGCAAUUCUCGCGCUGGCCGAGGGCAAGGUUCUGAUUGUGCAAACCUCGCUUAUCGGCUCUAUCCUCUCCAACUUGUUGCUCGUCAUGGGCUUCUGUUUCUUCUUUGGCGGUCUGAACCGAUCCGAGCAGUAUUUCAACACAACCGUCGCCCAGACUGCCGCUUCCCUUCUCGCUCUCGCCGUCGCCUCCGUCAUCGUCCCCACCGUCUUCGACAAGAAUGACGGCACCGACAACCCCGUCCACGUCGCAGCCCUCUCGCGAGGCACCGCCGUCAUUUUGCUCAUCAUCUACGCUUCAUACCUCUUCUUCCAGCUCAAGACGCACAACUCCGUCUUCAACGAGGAGUCGCAAAAGGUUGCUGCCAAGCCGUGGAGCCGUGGUAGCCUCAAGGAGGGCGCGCUUGCCCGUGGGCUGGCCGGCACUGGAGCUCGAAUGGCACAGACUGGUGUCCGCGGCGAGGGCGAGAAUGAGCGCCAGGAGCUGAGCCGGAUCAUGAUGCAGCGUCCCGACGAGGAGGAUGACGAAGAAGAACCGCAGCUGCACUUCUUCGUGGCCGUCGGCACUCUCACCCUUGCAACUGUCCUUAUCGCAUUCUGCGCCGAGGCCAUGGUCAGCUCCAUUGACUACGUCACUAAGGAGGGUGGUAUCAGCGAGGAAUUCGUCGGCCUUAUCCUGUUGCCCAUCGUCGGAAACGCUGCCGAGCACGCCACGGCCGUGACUGUCGCGAUCAAGGACAAGAUGGAUCUUGCAAUCGGUGUCGCCGUCGGCUCCAGUAUGCAGGUUGCGCUAUUUUUGAUCCCGCUGUUGGUCAUCAUUGGCUGGGGCAUGGGCAACGACGCCAUGACACUCAGCUUCGAUCUCUUUCAGGUUGCUGUGCUGUUUGUUGCCGUCUUGUUAGUGAACUACCUGAUCAGCGAUGGCAAGAGUCAUUGGCUCGAGGGGCUGCAGCUCAUUUGUCUGUAUGCCAUCAUUGCUACAUGUUCAUGGUGGUACCCCGCUACUGGAGUUGCUGGCUAAAAGACAGACUCCAUCUCACGACUUUGAUUUCUUUUCUUUCUGUGCAAUUUGUACAGAGAUGUUUGCUUGAGCGUUUGUGCCAUAUUUUCAUAUUCAUGUAAUGUCUUGUUUUCAGAAGGGACCUCUCUCUCAGUUUUGUACAUAUAUAUACACCUACCGUGCAGACUCUUCCAGAUAUUGGGGAACUGUACAUUGAAACCGGCCUGAUUGGGCAGUUGGCUAUGAGAGAGAGAGGGAGAGAAGGUGUGUGUACAAACUUCCAGAGGAGGGAUGGUAUGGUCCUGAGGAAAGAUUCGGUUGUGCCUCGACAUGCCGCCGAAACGGCAUUCCGUUGCCGGUGACGAAUACGAUAAGAAUACUUACUC